AUGGCGUACGGAACGGGCCUUGUGGUCAGAGGUAAACAUUACUUGCUGGCCGGCAGUUUGAUGGACAAGGACGAGCUCAUUUUGCAAGAAAAAGAGAAAGCGAUUGAACUGUCCCUUGGAUCUUGGCUCUUUUUCACCCCCACGACAAGUUCUUUUCAAGACUGGAAUCAACUUUACAAAAUGAAGGGCGACGGUUUAACGAUUUCGCUGCCUAGAAACGUUCGUAUUCUGACUCUCGAGCCUUGGAAGGAUGGGGAAGUUUUACUGCGACUUGAGCACAUAUUUGAGGAAGGCGAAACUUCCUUGUACUCGACAGUUGCCCAAGUCGAUUUGAAAGAGCUUUUCGCUAGUUUUUCCGUGGAUUGGGUGCGAGAAACGACUCUUGGUGCGAAUCAGUUUUUGAAAGACGAGCAGCGAUUGAAGUGGACGUCGGGGACGGACGAUAACGUUGAAACUGGAAAUUUGGACUCGGACAAAGUGCAGGUGACGAAGCAAUUAUCUGUCUUGGCGAAUCUGCCCGAUACCGAAGAGCUGCAACGUUUCCGAGAGGCAAUGGGGGUGAUGCAGCAUCAUGACGCCAUUACGGGCACUGCAAUGAAAAAUGUUGCGUUUGACUAUGCCAAACUGUUACAUCGCAGUAUUUCCAAAGGAGAGCACGUUGCUUCUAAAGCUCUAAGCAAUUGGGCAUUGAAAGAAAAAAUUUCAAAUGCGCCGGAAUGGUGGUUGGAGUAUGAACGACGAGGCUACCACAAAUUACCAAUCACUGAUUGA